AUGGCCCUCCUCGCCAGAUCGUCACGGCGAAUCCUCUCCACACCUAGGCCCUUGUUCCCACGCGGCCCAUCACUACUUUCCAAGCGGUUUCUCGGGAUACCCUCAGCAUUCUUACUUGACGAUUACCUCCCCAAGUAUCAGCUUCUCACGUCUGUUGAUGCGGCAAUGAAGCGAUCUCACGCAUAUGCGCAUCUGCGCGAAUGCAAUCUAUGUCCACGAAAAUGCGGGGUGAAUCGAUACGAGACAACGGGGAUGUGUCUGAUCGGCGCCGAGACAGCCAAGGUUAAUGUGAUUGCGCCGCACCGUGGAGAGGAGCCUUGUAUACAGGGCUUUCAUGGGAGUGGAUCCGUCUUCUUUUCGGGCUGCAAUUUGCGCUGUGUAUUCUGUCAGAAUCACGACAUCGCCCAUCAGCGCAACGGAUUUGACCUCACUCCCGAGGAGUUGGCUGAUUGGUACAUCAAGCUCCAGCAGAUCGGCAAUGUCCACAACAUCAACCUGGUCACCCCCGAGCACGUCGUCCCACAAGUCGCAUUGUCGAUCUUGACGGCGCGGGACAUGGGCCUUCGAAUUCCGAUCAUCUACAAUACCUCAUCAUUUGAUUCACUCGAUUCGUUGAAGCUACUUGAUGGGCUAGUCGACAUCUACCUACCAGACUUCAAAGUAUGGAAGAGCAGCACAUCAAAGCGGCUCCUCAAGGCAGAGGAUUACACUUCGACAGCCAUGGAGAGUAUCAAGGAGAUGCACCGACAGGUCGGUGACCUCUCAUUCACCUCAGAUGGUAUUGCAAAAAAGGGUGUACUGCUGAGGCACCUUGUAAUGCCUGGCAAAGAGGACGAAGGGAGAGAAAUUAUGCGCUGGCUGGCGGAAAAUGUAUCCACAGAUCUUUACGUGCAUAUCAUGGAGCAGUACCACCCAGAUGCACAUGUUGGAAAGAAGAAGCGCGUUACGCGGAGAGUACGAAUGGGCGAAGGAGGAGAAACAACCACCGAGAAAACGCGGUAUGCUGAGAUUAAUCGUGCCGUCCGCGAUGAGGAACUUGGCUCGGUGAGGGAUGCAGCUGUCAAAGCCGGGCUGUGGCGCUUCUGCGAAGUCAAUGAGAACAACAGCGCAUUCCACCUUUGA